AUGGAUCCUCAUCCGCCGCCUCAGCGGCAGGAGAGUGGGAAGAAGACGGCGGAGCUUGACCCGGUGCUGCACUCCAUCGGGUUCGAGAUCGAGGAGGUGUCGCCGUCGCAGGUCACCGGACGACUCCCCAUCACAUCCAAGUGCUGCCAGCCGUUCCAGGUGCUCCACGGCGGCGUGUCGGCGCUGGUGGCGGAGGGCCUGGCCAGCAUGGGCGCGCACAUGGCGUCGGGCUUCCGGCGGGUGGCCGGCGUGAGCCUGAGCAUCAACCACUUCCGCAGCGCCAAGGUGGGAGACGUCGUCCUCGUCCGCGCCGCCCCGAUCCACGUCGGCCGUUCAACCCAGGUGUGGGAUGUGAAGCUGUGGAAGCAGGAUCCGUCGACGCAGGGGAAGAAGGGGCCUCAGAUCUCCGAGUCAAGGGUGACGCUGCUUUGCAAUCUGCCCGUGCCGGACAACCUCAAGCACGCCGGCGAUGCACUCAAGAAGUACGCCACCGACGCCGAGGCCCCCAAAACCACCACCUUCACCAGCAGAUUGUAG